UAUCCAGCAGCAGCAGCAGCAGCAGCAGCAGCAGCAGCCCUCUCUCUCUCAAACCAAACAAACAAACAAACAAACAGAAACCCACCAAAGCAAUCAGCCUAUCUAGGUAUUCAUCAUCAUCAUCAUAAUCAUGGCGAAAAUCAUGUCCCUGUACGCCAUCGCUCUGCUACUUGCAGCGUCAACCGUUACCGCCCAGCUACCUGGAGACGACUGGAGGUGGUGCGACAGCGGAACAUCAGGCACCGGUUACUGCGAGAGCAGACGCUGGCACACAUAUUGCUGUUCCGCCGAACCCGCCAGCUCGGGACCAUUCCAAACACCCAGACAAAUCAAGGCCACGUCCGGUACCGCAUGUCAAGAAGAUCCCAAUUUUUCUGGUACCUAUCUCGGUACGGUCUAUUGUGCGGCGUAG